AUGAACGUUGAGGAGAUUGCACAAUACCAAUAUCAACUUGAUCAAGUUAAUCUUGCACUGAAAAAUGAACCGGACAACUCUGAAUAUUUGAAACUUAAAACCGAUCUCACAGAACUCAUACGUCUCACCUCAGCUAUAAUCGAACAAGAAACGGCCUCACAAACUCUAAAAAAAACAACUCAUUCACCGAAAACAAAUUCCACACCGUCCACUCCCACUUCUAAUACAAUAACAAGUUUUUCAAAACCUCUUCAAGUAGGAGAUCAUUGUUUAGCACGCUGGAAGGGUGACGGGUCAUUUUAUUCAGCUCAGAUAACUGCUAUAGGUGGUGGUGAUCAAGUCUUUUCAGUAGUUUUUAAAGGUUUUAAUGACGUCGAACUUGUUAACAAAGUAAAUGAGCAAGUCGCAAAGCAAAAGACCUGGUUAGCUUUUGCGAGCGGUCCUUCGGCGGCACCCGGAAGGAAGACGACAAAAACGAAAAGGUUGGUUCAACCGCCCAUCAACAAGAAAAGCAUUUUUGCUACUCCGGAAAAUCCGGAAGGAAAAGUCGGCGUGGUCGGGAGCGGUAAACCCAUGACACAGUUUCAGCAACGCGGUAAACAUAUCUUUGACCGAAUUUAA